AAACAUGCAACAUGGCAGCAGCCAUGGAAACUGAACAGCUGGGCCUUGAAAUCUUUGAGACGGUGGCGGGGUGUGAGGAGCAUGUGGAGAAGGAGGAGUCGCCCAGGCUGGAGCCCUUCUAUGUUGAGAGGUAUUCCUGGAGCCAGCUUAAAAAGCUGCUCACGGACACGAGGAAAUACCACGGUUACAUGAUGGCUAAGGCACCUCACGACUUCAUGUUUGUGAAGAAAAAUGACCCUGAAGGGCCCCAUUCACACAGGAUCUACUAUCUAGCAAUGUCUGGGGAGAACAGAGAGAACACACUGUUCUAUUCAGAAAUUCCCAAAACCAUAAACAAGGCUGCGGUGCUAAUGCUUUCCUGGAAACCCCUUCUGGAUCUCUUUCAAGCCAGCCUCGACUAUGGGAUGUACUCCCGCGAGGAGGAACUGCUGCGCGAGAGAAAACGCAUUGGCACCAUUGGUAUUGCCUCUUAUGACUACCACCGGGGAAGUGGCACGUUCCUGUUUCAGGCGGGUAGUGGGAUUUACCACGUCAAAGAUGGAGGCCCUCAUGGAUUCACUCAACAGCCUCUAAGGCCCAGUUUGGUGGAGACCAGUUGUCCAAACAUCCGAAUGGAUCCCAAGCUGUGCCCUGCUGAUCCAAACUGGAUUGCGUUUAUUCAUAGCAAUGACAUUUGGAUAUCUAAUCUAGAGACCAGAGAAGAAAGGCGGCUAACCUUUGUGCACAAUGAACUGGCCAACGUAGAAGAGGAUCCAAAAUCUGCUGGAGUCGCAACCUUUGUGCUGCAGGAGGAAUUUGAUCGAUACACAGGCUACUGGUGGUGUCCGGACACCAAGCCAACACUCAACGGGGGCAAAAUCCUUAGGAUUCUCUAUGAAGAAAAUGAUGAGUCAGAGGUGGAAAUCAUUCAUGUCACGUCCCCCCUGUUGGAGACCAGGCGGACAGAUUCCUUCAGGUAUCCCAAAACAGGUACAGCGAAUCCAAAGGUCACCUUCAAGGUGUCCGAAAUAACAAUUGAUGCUGAAGGAAGAAUUGCGGAUGUUGUGGAUACAGAACUAGUGCAGCCAUUCGAGAUCCUGUUUGAAGGAGUAGAGUAUAUUGCUAGAGCGGGAUGGACUCCAGAAGGAAAAUAUGCCUGGUCCAUUUUGCUGGACCGCUCCCAAACACGGCUUCAGAUUGUGCUGAUCCCCCCUGCAUUAUUUAUCCCGGUAGAAGAUGAUGCUAUGGAAAGACAGAAACUUAUAGACACCGUGCCUGACUCUGUUACACCACUCAUUAUUUAUGAAGAAACAACGGAUGUCUGGAUCAAUAUCCACGACAUCUUCCACAUCUUCCCUCAGGCCCAUGAAGACGAGAUUGAGUUUAUCUUUGCUUCUGAAUGUAAAACAGGAUUCCGGCACUUGUACAAAAUCACGUCAGUGUUGAAGGAGAGCAAAUACAAGCGAUCAUGCGGAGGCCUUCCUGCUCCAAGUGACUUCAAGUGUCCCAUCAAGGAGGAACUGGCAGUUACCAGUGGAGAAUGGGAAGUCCUCGGUCGACAUGGUUCCAACAUCCGUGUGGAUGAAGCAAACAAGCUGGUGUACUUCCAAGGCACCAAGGACUCCCCUUUAGAGCACCACCUGUACGUCGUUAGCUACGAGAAUCCCGGAGAGGCGAAGCGGCUGACAGAGCACGGCUACUCUCACGCCUGCUGUGUUAGUCAGGACUGUGACAUGUUCAUCAGUAAGUACAGUAACCAGAAGAGCCCACAUUGCGUAUCGCUCUACAGGCUGACUGGACCAGAAGACGAUGUAGCUCAUAGAGCGAAGGACUUCUGGGCCAUGAUUCUAGAUUCAGCAGGCCCCCUUCCUGACUAUGUCCCCCCGGAAAUCUUCUCGUUCGAGAGUUCCACAGGGUUUACGCUGUACGGCAUGAUGUACAAGCCUCACAAUCUACAGCCUGGGAAGAAGUACCCCACUGUGCUCUUCAUUUACGGAGGUCCUCAGGUGCAGCUAGUGAACAAUCGGUUUAAAGGAAUCAAGUAUUUCCGCUUGAACACCCUGGCUUCUCUAGGCUACGUGGUGGUUGUGAUUGACAACAGGGGGUCCUGCCACCGAGGGCUUAAGUUUGAAGGUGCCUUUAAAUACAAAAUGGGUCAAAUAGAAAUUGAAGAUCAGGUGGAAGGACUGCAGUAUCUGGCAUCCCAGCAUGACUUCAUCGAUCUCGACCGAGUGGGCAUUCAUGGCUGGUCCUAUGGAGGAUACCUAUCUCUAAUGGCUUUAAUGCAGAGGUCAGAUAUCUUCAGGGUUGCUAUAGCGGGCGCCCCCGUCACCCUGUGGAUGUUCUAUGAUACUGGCUACACAGAGCGCUACAUGGGCCACCCGGACCACAACGAGCAGGGCUACUACCUAGGAUCGGUGGCCAUGCAGGCAGAGAAUUUUCCUUCUGAACCAAACCGUUUGCUGCUGCUACAUGGAUUCUUGGAUGAGAACGUUCACUUUGCACACACUAGUAUAUUGCUGAGCUUUCUAGUGAGGGCCGGGAAACCAUACGACUUACAGAUCUACCCUCAGGAGAGACACAGUAUAAGGGUACCCGAGUCUGGAGAACAUUAUGAACUCCAUCUGCUGUAUUACCUGCAAGAGAAUCUAGGCUCUCACAUUGCUGCGCUGAAGGCAAUGUAAUUGCAACCUCUGUCGAACUCUGAUACACUGGCUGCUUAACCAAAUGAGGAACCGUUGGGAUCUUUGGAGAAUAUCGAAUGGAACAUUGCAUUUGGGGGCCUGCCACGCAGACGCACCCACGGAGACACACACAUGCACGCAAACGGAGACACUUUUUUAAAAAGCAAACUUGGUGCCAUACAGGGAAACUACAGUACAGUGACCUAAUGAUUUUAAAGCCUACCUGUAAAUAAAAUCAAAUGUCUGUGGUA